AUGGUUCAGGCGUGGUCCAUGCCGUGGUCGGCUCCCUCGCCACUUGGUGCCCCUCCGGCGUACACCGGCACUUUGGCACCUGGACUUCGCCCCCAUACUGGCGCUCCUGGCCUCCUCGCACCGCGUGCUCCGCCGAACGCCUACUACGCCGCCCCGGCCUACCACGACGGGGGGAUGUCCUACAUGCAAUACCAACAUCCACCGUUGUACCAGCCUCCCCCUGUGCUCAUGGCACCUCCUCCGACUGCACCGCUUCGUCCCUCGACACCGACUGCUGCACCUUCACCAAGCUGGGAUCAGUCUGCAUUUUUGCAGGCCAUGAACAACUUUGCUGCCCUGGGGAACUCAGGACUACCGGACCAAAGCGGAGAUCGCGCGGUUCAAUAG